UCGACCAAUCGACGCAGGCCACGACGAAUUCGCUUCGUUAAUAUUCCGGUGUCCAAACCGCUGUAGUCAGUCAGUCAUUCCUGAUCGUUCCUGUUGCGAAGUUCGUUCGAAGAGUAACCAAGUUUUUCACUUGUUAAAGCAGUGUGUAUAAUAACUUCAUACACGGACUGUAUUUAGAUACACAGAAGAGAAGAAUGAAGGGAGCUAAAGCUCUGCUUUUACUAGGCUUAGUGGCCUUUGCUUUCGCGAACGAAGGAAAGCAGAAGGAAGAUAUUGGUACCGUCAUUGGAAUCGAUUUGGGCACGACGUAUUCUUGUGUCGGAGUUUACAAAAAUGGUAGAGCGGAGAUCAUAGCCAAUGACCAGGGAAACAGGAUCACGCCUUCCUACGUGGCGUUCACCGUUGACGGAGAACGUUUAAUCGGAGAUGCUGCGAAGAAUCAAUUGACCACGAAUCCGGAGAACACAGUUUUCGAUGCCAAGAGAUUGAUAGGCAGAGAGUGGUCUGACCCUACUGUCCAACGCGACAUUAAGUUCUUCCCGUUCAAAGUGGUCGAGAAGAACAACAAGCCGCACAUAAGGAUGACGGUCACUGGCGAGGACAAGAUAUUUGCACCCGAAGAGAUCUCCGCUAUGGUGCUCGGUAAGAUGAAGGAAACUGCGGAAGCGUAUUUGGGCAAGAAAGUCACUCACGCCGUGGUCACUGUGCCGGCUUACUUCAACGAUGCGCAGAGACAGGCCACAAAGGAUGCAGGCACGAUCUCCGGACUCGUCGUCAUGAGGAUCAUCAACGAACCGACGGCCGCCGCGAUAGCUUACGGUUUGGACAAGAAAGACGGAGAGAAGAACGUGUUGGUUUUCGAUCUCGGCGGUGGCACUUUCGACGUCAGUUUGCUCACCAUCGACAACGGAGUGUUCGAGGUCGUGGCGACGAGCGGCGAUACUCACUUAGGUGGCGAAGAUUUCGACCAGCGCGUGAUGGAUCACUUCAUCAAGCUGUACAAGAAGAAGAAAGGGAAGGACAUUCGCAAGGACAGUAGAGCUCUCCAAAAGCUGCGUCGCGAAGUGGAGAAAGCUAAGAGAGCGCUCAGCGUCAGUCAUCAAGCGAGGAUCGAGAUCGAAUCGUUCUUCGAGGGCGAAGAUUUCUCCGAGACGUUGACGCGUGCCAAAUUCGAAGAACUGAACAUGGACCUCUUCCGUAGCACUCUGAAGCCCGUACAAAAGGUCUUAGAAGAUUCCGACAUGAACAAGAAAGAUAUACACGAAAUCGUGCUCGUCGGUGGUUCUACCAGGAUUCCCAAGGUUCAACAACUGGUCAAGGAGUUCUUCGGCGGUAAAGAACCGUCUCGGGGCAUCAAUCCCGACGAGGCUGUCGCGUACGGUGCCGCCGUACAAGCAGGUGUGCUUUCCGGCGAGCAAGACACGGACGCUAUCGUUCUCUUGGACGUGAAUCCACUCACCAUGGGCAUCGAGACCGUCGGCGGCGUCAUGACUAAACUUAUUCCGAGAAACACUGUGAUCCCUACUAAGAAAUCGCAGAUCUUCUCCACCGCGUCGGACAACCAGCACACGGUAACCAUUCAGGUGUACGAAGGUGAACGUCCGAUGACUAAGGACAACCACCUGCUUGGCAAAUUCGAUCUCACCGGCAUCCCGCCCGCGCCGCGAGGCAUACCGCAGAUCGAAGUUACGUUCGAGAUCGACGCGAACGGCAUUCUUCAAGUGUCCGCCGAGGACAAAGGAACAGGAAACCGCGAGAAGAUCGUCAUCACCAACGACCAAAACCGGCUCACUCCCGACGACAUCGAGAGGAUGAUAAAGGAUGCCGAGAAAUUCGCGGAUGACGACAAGAAAUUGAAAGAGCGAGUAGAGGCGCGGAACGAAUUGGAGUCCUACGCGUACUCGUUGAAGAAUCAGUUGGCCGACAAGGAGAAACUAGGUUCGAAAGUUAGCGAUUCCGACAAGACGAAAAUGGAGGAAGCUAUCGACGAGAAGAUCAAAUGGUUGGAAGACAAUCCGGACACGGAUCCCGAGGAGUAUAAGAAGCAGAAGAAAGAGCUUACAGACAUCGUUCAACCCAUCAUCGCCAAACUGUACCAGGGCGCGGGCGGCGGAGUCCCUCCGACCGGUGGUGAGGACGAAGAUCUGAAAGACGAGCUUUAACUAGAAACCGAUCAGUACUCGUAUGUUCGUCCUAACUUAGACUGAAUUACCACUGUCUCGUGCAAACGCCGCAGAGACAUCGAGUACGUCGUUGAAACGUCAAGUAUAAAAAAGACUGAUCGA